CUCUCAAGCAAGAUGACCAUGAUAGCUCUAUAGAGGUCGGUUCUGUAUUCAGCUCGACUGAACCAGAAGCUAUGGAUAUACGUGCCAAUGAAAGAUUUCAUCUCCUUCCCAGAGAAAGACUUGGAGUUAUUGGUACUUUGGGAGGUAUAGUCGGUGCCAUGUCAGGAUUUUACGAAGGUAUAAAGCUUUCUUCCUUACGUUAUUUGGUGGAAAAUGGCCACCGUCUUCCACGUACCGUUGGUGGCUGGUAUUUUUAUCAUAAAAAGAAAAAUUAUGUCAUGAUUUUAAAUGGUUGUAGACAAGGUUUGAAGACUGGUUCUAAAUAUGCUGCUGGAGUUACUGCAUUUUUUGGUAUGGAAUACUUGUUUGAUGUGUAUUUAAGAAAUAAUACCAUUGAUUUCUUGAAUACCACUUUAACUGGGGUAAUUAUGGCUGGUUUGUAUGGUAGAUUACAUCAAUUAAGUCGGGUACAAAGCAUCAAUUACAUAAAGAAAGGUGGUUUCCUUGGAUUGAGUAUUGGAAUCACUCAAGAUUUAAUGAUUUGGACUAGAGGUGGUUACAUUUGGUACUUGCAUAAACUUGGUAUUAAGAAUCCAAGAUUUCAAAAACAAUCGGAAUCUCCGUUCAAAGCAUAA